AUGUCUAUAGCUGAUGAUAAAUUUUCAAGAAAGAAAUUUCGAGACAUGCUGGUUGAUGAAGAUGACGAGAAAGGACGAACUAAGAAUGAAGCGAGCUGGUACAAGUGCAAAACUAUGCUGGGAAGAAAUUAUCCCUGGAUACAGAACUGGGAAGGGAUUUGUCUUUAUGUCACAAACAGUAUCGUUCAGGCACUACAAAACACUGAGAUAGCCAUAGCCUCCUAUACAGAAUUCGACAGAAAUACGAUAACGGAUAAAGAUAUGAUCAAAACCUUGAUUCAUCUAAGAACCACGGCAAGAAUUGUCGUCGUCUGCUCUUCGAGGCUGUUCCGGAAGAUCAUGCUGAUAGCCUGUCAACUGGGCAUGUGUAACGGAGAAUAUGUGUUUAUUGAUCCGUACGCAAUUUCAGGGGAAGCAGAAUACAGUCCAUGGCAAAUAGGCGAUGAGGACGACGACAAGGCUAAAAAGGCAUAUAGACAUGUCAUUAAGAUUCUACAGGCACAAUGGAUGGAUGUUUCCUCCAGGCAGCAUGUCGAACGAAUUAUCGCAGAAGUGCCUUCACGCAUGCAUGACCCGCCAUGGAGUAACACUGAGGCUACGGAUAUGGGGAUCUUGGGAUCUAAAAAUGUGGCAACAGUUUACGAUGCUGCUUAUGUUUGGUUCCUCUGGCUGAACCACACAAAGGCUUAUAACCUCGAUUACAGAGAUGGGCGUGGGCUGUUCCUGUUCACUGAAAACCUAACAUUCCUAGAUGCAUUGCCGGUUGUCUUUGGAAUUCUAUGUCCAGCUAUCCUUGUUGCUGUGUUCAUUGUCCUCGUAUGUCUUUGGCACAGAAAGAAGAAAUAUGAGAACGAAAUCAAGAAAAUGUUAUGGAAAGUACAGUACCAGGAUAUUUUUAAACAUAAAGGUCAAACAGGAGUUGGUAGUAUGUUCAGUAAGCUGAGUCUCGCUACAAUAUCUAAUAACGGUGAGGACGAGAAUCACUUUAUAAGCACAGGCAAAUACAAGGGCCUGACAGUGUCUAUACGGAUGUCAAUGAACCAAAUGGUGGUGCUGACUAGAAAUGAUUAUGUGGAACUCCUAGCGAUGAAGGAAAUGACUCAUGACAACGUUAAUCCGUUUAUUGGCGCCUGUAUUGAUCCACCCAAUGUAUGUGUGUUGUUUCAGUACUGUUCAAAAGGCAGUCUACAGGAUGUUUUGCAAAACGAUGAUAUUAAGUUAGACUGGACCUUCAAAAUGUCUUUGAUAACGGAUUGUCUGGAGGGGCUGAUCUAUUUGUCCGCGUCUGUGUUGAAAUCGAUUGGGAGGUUGAAGAGUUCGAACUGUAUCGUAGAUAAUCGAUGGGUGUUGAAGAUAACGGACUAUGGUAUUAGUAGCUUUGUCGGUUCUAACACUGAACAACGGGAAUAUGAAGAGGAGCGGUAUAAAGCUCUGCUGUGGACUGCUCCCGAGUUGCUGAGGGCACCAGUCCAGCCACGGAAUGGAACGCAAGCAGGAGACAUUUAUGCUUUUGGAAUUGUCUUACACGAAAUAUACUUCCGCAUGGGAAUCUUCCCCAUACCGACACUAACAGCAAAGGAUAUCAUAUCGAAAAUAAAAAGUGGCGGGCCGCCAUUGUGUCGCCCCAUAACUGACGUUAAAACUUCAAAUGAUGAGAAACCCGCACUGAUUGAUAUGAUGAAAUCCUGCUGGAAGGAAGAACCCACAGAGAGACCAUCAUACGAUACGAUAAAAUUUAUCGUCAAAAGUCAAAAUAGUGGGAAGAAAGCCGGGAUACUUGAUAACAUGGUUGCCAGACUAGAAAAAUAUGCAAACAACCUUGAGGAGUUAGUUGGACAUAGAACCAUGGAAUUAUCUGAAGAGAAACAUAAAACAGAUCGCCUCCUUUACCGGAUGUUGCCACAGGCUGUAGCCGAAAAGCUUAAAUCGGGACAGGCUGUAGACCCAGAGGAGUUUGAAGCAGUUACGAUAUUCUUUUCAGACAUUGUUGGAUUCACAAGCAUAUCAGCUUCUAGUACUGCUAUGCAGGUUGUUAACCUUCUAAAUGACCUCUACACUCUUUUUGAUGACAUCAUCGCCCAAUUCGAUGUUUACAAAGUUGAAACCAUCGGAGACGCAUACAUGGUAGUUGGGGGACUUUCCCGCAAGGGAGGCAAUAGCCACGCCUCUCAAAUAGCAGAUAUGUCCCUUACCAUACUCAGUUCCGUCAUGAAUUUUCGUCAAAGGCACAGACCCAACGAAAACACGAGAGUGCGCAUAGGCCUUCAUACAGGGGCUUGUUGUGCUGGAGUAGUUGGGUUAACCAUGCCACGUUACUGUCUGUUUGGGGACACAGUCAACACUGCCUCCCGCAUGGAAUCUAAUGGAGAAGCCAAAAGAAUCCACAUAAGCAGUGUUACAAAGGAAGCGCUAGAUACAUUUGGAGUGUACCAGAUCAUCCUCCGAGGAGAAAUUCCCAUCAAGGGCAAAGGAUCUAUGACAACAUACUGGCUAAAAGGCAAAACUGGAUUCGACUUUCCUCUUCCUUCUUCAGAAUGA